CUAUCCGUCUUCUUUUUCUUAAAAAAGUUAAAUCUGGACCGCGAACCAAGCUUCCCUCUCUGGUUUUUUGCCGCUCUGCACGUUCCCGCUGUAUUUUUAACAGAAAUUAAACCCUAACCCUAAUUAGAUUUUCUUCGCUUUUUCUCAAUUUAUCGAAUUCAUUCAAUUUCGGAACUUGUUUUUGUUCGUCAAUCUUAGAUCUACAAGAUACUCCAUUAAAGCCCAUUUCGUGCAUUGAUUGAUUGAUAAUUGGAACUUCUGUUUGGUUUCAAUCUAGAGGCUCUCUCUUGAUUCUGUUUCUGAGAUUUUGAAUUGAUUUUGCAGGCUAUAUAGAGAGGUAGGCGUUGAUAAAUUUUCACGUGUAGAAGGCUUUGGUUCUUUGAAUUGAAUUGAUUGAGCGGUUUAGCGGUUGUUGACAGUUUGAGAAGUUCUUGGAUCGAUUUUAAUGCUACUUAUGUGAAUAUUUUGCUUCUUUCUGGUUGCUAAUUAAUAAUUCUAUCUAAUGUUAACUAUCUGGAGAGGACUAAUUGAGUUCAAUCGCCAUUAAAAUUUAGGGUUUGUUUUAUUGCUAUUGGUUCUAUCUUGAAUGCUUGGAGUUUGUCGAUGGGAGAGGAUGCAAUUUGUGUGGAAAUCUCGACAAGGGUGGGUAUUGAGAAAGAGAGUACGUCAAGGGCUGAAUUGAAAAGAGACCAUCAAUUUCUAACAGAUGAUUCUGAACCUGAACCAAUUUCUAACAAGAAACAAGCAAAAGAAGCUUCAAAUGAGGACAUAAAAUCUGAAGUUUCGAAUCCUGUAAUUUCUCCCAAAGAGAAUGGGUCCAGUUGCCAGGAUAUCACUAGUCAACCUACUGAAUUAGCUGCGUGUAAUCAAGUGGGUGCUUGUGAGGUUACAUCUACUUCUUCUGCGAAUUUGAGUCCAUUGGACACCCUGAGUGAGGAAGGAGAACAUGAUAGCGAGAACAAUGCUUCUCAAAGUGACACUUCUCGUAAUGCCAUUUCUGAUUCUGUAUCUACAUCUCAUGUUGUAUUGGAGAUUCCUAAGCAUGCUAGUUCAUCUGGAAUUAGGAAGAUUACGUUCAAGUUUAGCAAAAGAAAAGAGGACUAUGAUAGCCAGAUUGCUCCUUCAGUGGCUCAACCUGUUGGUAAUGAGAUAUGUCAAGAACAGUUUUAUAAAAAAGAAUAUGGGAAACACUACUCUGCUUGCGCAGAAAUGCUUGAAAAUACAGAUAGGUAUUUCUGUGCUCCUAAUAUGGAAUUGAAGAUGUCUAAGAAGGUUGUUCCAAACAAUUACCCUACAAAUGUCAAAAAGUUGUUAUCAACCGGCAUACUUGAUGGAGCUCGGGUGAAAUAUCUUUCUCCGGGGAGAGAGCUCUAUGGAAUUAUAGAAGGUGGUGGAUACUUGUGUGGCUGCUCAUUGUGCAAUUUCUCAAAAGUCCUCAGUGCACAUGAGUUUGAGAAGCAUGCUGGCAGUAGAACUAGGCAUCCAAACAAUCACAUACACUUAGAGAACGGGAAACCAAUCUGCAGCAUUAUUCAGGAGCUAAAAACUGCUCCACUUAGUGCAUUGGGUGAAGUGAUAAAAGAUGUUGCAGGUUCAUCCAUCAAUGGGGAGUUAUUUGAGAUUUGGAAAGCUAGUUUCCAGCAACGAAAUGGAAUGGCUGGAGCAGAUAGAAAAUGUUACAGCAUGCUUCCUCGUUCCCCUUCUUCACUUGGAAGCUACUCCAUUCAGGGUGUGGAGGAAAGCUUUUCCCCUGCUUCAAGCUCCUUGAUGCAUAACAACCCCUUUAGACAACAGAAGUACAUGGAGGCCUCAGAAGAGCAAAAACGUGGAUUGAAGAGAGCUGGCGUGUUUAUGCAACAAAAGAAAACAAAUGAAGGAGGCACCAGGAGAAGAGAUAACGAUCUUCAUCGUUUACUUUUCAUGCCAAAUGGUCUUCCAGAUGGUGCUGAAUUGGCUUACUAUGUCAAAGGACAACAACUGUUAGGUGGUUACAAGCAGGGAAAUGGCAUAGUUUGUAGUUGCUGCGACAGAGAGAUAAGCCCUUCUCAAUUUGAAGCACAUGCUGGAAUGGCUGCUAGGCGCCAACCCUACCGUCACAUCUAUACUUCCAAUGGUUUAACUCUUCAUGAUAUAGCAAUUUCAUUGGCAAAUGGGCAAAAUGUUACCUCUGGGGUGAGUGAUGAUAUGUGUGCAAAAUGUGGCGACGGAGGGGGUCUAAUAUUCUGCGAGAGUUGCCCUCGAGCUUUUCAUCUCGAAUGUUUGGAUUUGCAGUGUGUUCCAAAAGGUGUUUGGCAGUGUCCAAGCUGUAUUAAGUCUGGACAUGGAGGAAACUUCACAAGACCAAUAAUUAUUCGGUUGACUCGGGUUGUUAAAAUGCCAGAGUAUGAAGUUGGUGGUUGUGCUGUUUGCAGGGCUCAUGAUUUUAGCACUGAUAUCUUCGAUGAUCGAACAGUUAUCCUUUGUGACCAAUGCGAGAGAGAAUUCCAUGUUGGGUGCUUGCGUGACAGCGGACGUUGUGAUCUAAAAGAGAUCCCUAAGGAUAAUUGGUUCUGUUCUAAUGACUGCCAUAGAAUCUUUGCGGCUCUACAGGAUUUUGUUUCUAGUGGAAUACAGAUGAUUCCUUCUUUGCAGUUGGAUAUCAUAACUAGAAAGCAUGCUGAGAAAGGAUUAUUAAUGGAUGGACUAUCAAAUGAUGUCCAAUGGCGAAUUCUGAUGGGAAAAAGUCGCCGCAAAGAAGAUCUUUCAUUGUUGUCAGCUACUGCUGCAAUUUUUCGAGAGUGUUUUGAUCCCAUUGUUGCAAAAACUGGUCGUGAUUUGAUUCCUGUUAUGGUCUAUGGGAGAAAUAUUUCUGGCCAAGAAUUUGGGGGAAUGUACUGUGUGCUAUUACUUGUGAAGAAUGUCGUUGUAUCAGCUGGUCUUCUUAGGAUUUUUGGUAGGGAGGCUGCUGAGCUUCCUCUAGUUGCAACGAGUAGAGAACAUCAAGGAAAAGGUUACUUCCAAGCAUUAUUCUCAUGCAUUGAGAGAUUACUUUGCUCCCUCAAUGUGGUAAACUUGGUGCUACCAGCAGCUGAGGAAGCUGAGUCAAUUUGGACAAGGAGAUUUGGCUUCAGAAAGAUGAGCGAGGGACAACUGUCAAAAUAUACAAGGGAACUGCAGGUGACGAUAUUCAAGGGCACAACAAUGCUGGAGAAAGAGGUUCCCCAGAUAAUUGACUAGCAGCAGACUGAGCUCCCAGAAGUUAAUUAUGGAUACAUAAAAGGAAAAAAAGAAUGUCAUGAGCUUGUAGGUUUUUAUUUUUCUAGCAGUUCACUUUUCUGUACUAUUGCUGCGGGAUCUUUGUUUUACAGCCAGUCAGCCAGUCAGCAUGUCUUACUGAGCAUUGUUUUCUUGUACAAAUUAGAAUAUGAUUGAAGGAAAGAAGAGCAAUCAGAUGGAGGAAUACAGGGUUAUGUGAUAUAAAAAGGAUGAGUGCAUAAAGCCCAAAGAAAUUUUUGUAGCUCAAAUGUCAUGUGCAAGAAAAACAUGCUGCUUAUUAGUUUUGGUAUGGUCCUUUUUCUUUCGAGCUGAGUUGGAAAAUCCGAUAUAUGUAUCAUUUGGAAAAAUGCAGUGCUAAGUUGAGUUGGAGAUAUGAUGGAUCUGUCGUCUUCUUCAUCAUCUGAACUGAACUGUUGGACGUCAAGUUAUCAAAUUUAGGAUUCCUUCACUUUUAGCUGCACAAGUAUAGAUUCUGUAGUUCUUAUAAAAUUAAACUGUUUUUUGGCCGACUGAUUUUGAAGUAAUCCAGUUGUGAGCAGAAAAGAGACCGUUCCCUCAGGGUAACGUUCUUAUGGAUGCAAACCUUGGGAAUUCUUUUACCCUGAACUUUAUCGACCUGAUACAAUAUCAUUCCAAAUUGACUUUUA